GUGAACAAUUCCUGUGACUUCUGCUACGAGCAUCGGACUCACUUCCGUUGCGCACGUUGCGACUUCGACCUCUGCUCUCGAUGCUGGGAGGAAAGACGACGUGAUGAGAUGAAAACAGGGGUUGCGCUGGCCAUCAUCGGCCGCCAUCGGAGCAGCAGCAAGACUGCCGUUGCCCUAAGGGACAUGGUUGUGGCACAGCCGCUGGCCGGUCGUGCACAGGAGCUGCGCGGGGACCUCCAGCGCCUGAGGUUUGAAGCCACCGGGCUCUCCGAGUCCCUGGUGCCAGAGACUCUUCCUCGUUACACGGCACUGCUGGAGAAACGUUUCGAG